UGAAAAGAAAUGUUUAAUUCUGUAAUAGUUGAUUUAAUUUUUGACUUUAUGUGACUGUCCAAAGUUAGGUCCAUAAGUAAAACAAUGCUUGCGUUUUUGGGCCCAAAAAUUGUCGUCUGUGUGUUAAGGUGAAAUGCACAGGUAUAUCAUGUGAGCUUGCUGUUGCGCAAAGUUGUUGUGCUGAAUCCUGUUCUAGAAAUGCUUUGCUCAUGGUGGCAGCAUGUGGCAGUUGCUCUGUUACAUCGGGUCUGAUUUAUUCUUUUUGUAGACUUUUGUUCAUCAUUCUUUUGGCUAACGCGUUGCACAUUUGGACAAUUAUUCCCUCUGCUUUUGGGUGCUGUGCAGACAUAAAGCUUUUUGCUCUUACCUUUUUUCUUUCUGACAGUUGCUGUGGAGCGUAAGCGUAAAAAUUACCAUUGCUUUUUUUUCAAUUGGGAGUACCAGAUUAGCAUGAGCUCCUAUAGUACCAAACUAUGACUCCAAAUCCCAGAAAAGUUGAAAAGGAGGCUUCAUGAACAUGGAGCAGGACCAAAGAGUGGAGAGACAAAGUUGAAGUUCAAAUAGUCUCUUCCAUCAAUCAUAAUGGGCGAGGAUCACAACCCCGAUUCCAGCAUCAUUCUGCCCAUCUCCUAACUGUACAACCAGACAGAGGUUUAAAUUGGAGCAGCAAAAGCAUGUAGAUUAGCAGUGCUUGCCAACAGCUGAUAGUCUUGUUUAUGUUACUGAUGAAUAUCCUCUGUACCUGGAUAUUGAGCUGUUAGCUUAUCAUGACAAUUACGAAACUGUCACAGAAAAAGUCAAGCCUGACUGCUACCAAGCAUCCUUUCCGCCCACUGAACACCAUUCACAGUGACACUUUGAAGAUACUUCCACAAAACAUUUAAUUUCCCUUUGGCAUAAGUAAGGUAUAUUUGAAUUGAAUUGAAUCCAGCAGAGGUAAAGUUGCUAAACGUAUGAGUAGAAUGAUUUGUGUGACAUGGUAGAGUUUUUCUUCCAUUAAAAAUGUUAUUCUCUCGAAGCAAAUCUGAGAGUUUUUGACAAAAACUCUUUUACGACUGUCCUUUCUGAAGAAAACAACUAUCAAGUAGGUGUCAAAUAACAACCCAGAGAUGGAAUCAGAUCGUUUUCCCACUGUAGCAUUCCUCCUUACUCCCCCUGUCCCAGAUUCCUCCCAGAGCACUUCUUUGUCUGCUGAAGUUCUCAGUCUCUCUUUGUUUUAGCUGCUCUCGUUCUCACAGCUUAGUAAAACUGCUUAACAUGUCAACAGUUAUUAUUUCAGACAACCUGCUUUGCUUUCUCCUGUUUCUGGAAUUUUGUGUCGUAAUUAUGUGCUGCCACUUUCAGGAGAACUCACCCCAUUUUUAAGGGAACAGCCUAAGAGGCGUCAUAAGAUAAUUGCACCUGCUAAGCAUAGACAUUUUCACUGGGGAGACAUUGCCAGUCAAUACACACAUAUGUUAUGACACAUAGUGGCCCAUAAAAGCGUAACAACCUCUUUUGAAAAGCCAGAGUUUUUGUGAUGGAAAAAAUUAUUCCAGAUUUAUUGUGACAUGUAACCUGAAGAUUUCAAUAAAAAAACCAAACAAAAACAAAACAAGAAAAUCUUUAAGAAUGACUUACCCACGCUCUCUUGCAAAAUGUUACUUGAAAUCUCAAUUUUGACUGCCUUCAGGAAAUAAGAUGGCAUUUUAACAGGAAAACUGAAGACUUUUGAGAGCCACUGCAUGUGGUUGUGUAUCCCCAAAAUGAAUAAUAAAUAUAAUGUAGGCAAUGUUGUCUUUCUAAGUUGUUGACGUUAAAUCAUAAAAAUCUGUGGGCUCAGGAGACUGUCAAGGCAGGUCCUGGAGGAUGAUUUCAUCUUCAUUUCUGAAUAGGAACACAUCAUGUGAACUUUCCUGACUUGCACGGGUGAUUAGCUACAUUCAAGUGUGAAGCUGAGUGUGCAACUUUCCUGUUCAGAAAAAAUAAUGAAGUUGCCAAUAUAUUGUUAUAACAUGAAGUUUGUACCCUUUCUGUUAAACUCUGUUAUUUAUCUUGUAUCAUACAAAAAGACAGGGUGGGUUUUUUAUGCAUUUGUCAGCUUUUGCCCUUCUUAGUUCUUGGAGCAAAAGGAUUCAAUCUUAGUGGCUUGUCUGCAUGUGUGGUUAACCAAUGCUUUUCUUUAUGCCCUGCCCUCUGCUUCACCCUAAACAAAGUGAUGACUGUCAUUUUUUACACAACCCAAAGCCUCCUAGCUGCCCAGUUCAGAGGAGGAAAUGCUGUGCCCUGCAAGUAAUUUUGACAUUUAGCAAAGGCAGUGGAGUUGACCAGGGAAACAAAGAACCGCAACAUGGGAAACCAAACCACCCCUUUGAGGAAAAGUCUUACAAACAACUCCUACAGACCCAGACAGGCUGGGUCCAACUUUACCCACCAACUGGAUUCUGUUUGUCCACCUGGUUCUUUUUUUGAAUCAGUUUAUAGUGAAACUAGUCUUAAGGUCUCCUCCUCCUUGGAGCUCGGUGUGAUUCAGUUUGACACCCACACUCUGUGCUGUUAGAGGGAGCACAUCUGGAACAGGGCAAGGCAAAAACGUCUUAGCCAGGACUACAUCUGGAUUUCAGAUGCGAAUCCUUGACAAAUUCCCGAUAGAGGCAGGACAGAAGGAUCCCAAGAAGAGAAUCAUUCCUUUCUUACCAGGUAAAGUCUUGUUUCGUCGGAGUCACAUUAGAGAUGUAGCUGUCAAAAGACUGAAGCAUCUGGAUAACUACUGCAACGCUUUGAUGAAACUUCCUUCUUCCAUUUCGAAAAGUGAAGAGGUCCUUAAGUUCUUUGAAACCCGACCAGAGGACCUCAACCCUCCCACAGAAGACUGUGGAGGAUCUGGAAAACGGAAAUCAGGUCUGGACGCUUCGGACCCCAUGCUCCUGGAACAGUACGUGGUGGUGGCCAAUUACGAGAAACAAGAGCCUGCAGAAAUCAGUCUCCAAGCGGGUGAACUGGUCGACGUCAUUGAGAAGAGCGAGAGCGGUUGGUGGUUUGUCAGCACUGCAGAGGAGCAAGGUUGGGUUCCAGCUACCUAUCUCAACUCCCACAAUGGGACACGGGACGACUUGGAGCUGGGUGCUUCCAAAGCGGGGGAAGUUACUAAGCGACAUAAGGCUCAUCUGAAGAGGCUGGACCGGAGAUGGACGCUGGGGGGUGUCAUCAGUCGGCAGCAGAGCCGAGAAGAGAAGUACAUCACAGUGCAGCCUUACUCCAGCGAGGGCAAAGAUGAAAUUGCUUUUGAGAAAGGAGUCAUUGUUGAGGUCAUUCAGAAGAACCUUGAAGGCUGGUGGUUUAUCAGAUACCAAGAUAAAGAGGGCUGGGCUCCAGCUUCUUACCUCAAGAAAGUGAAGGAUGAUUUGUCUCCCCGUAAGAAGACUGUCACAGGCCCAGUUGAGAUCAUUGGAAAUAUCAUGGAGAUCAGCAACCUGCUAAACAAGAAAACUUUAAGCGAGAAGAAUGUGCAGACUGAAGGAGUCCCUGAGAGUCCCCAGGUUUCCAGGAAGGAGAUCAGCUUGCCGAUUCCCUGCACUGAAUCCAGUCUAGUUAAUGCUCCACAGGAGGGAAAAAUCAAAAUAGAACCUGCCUCACCAGCUGUAGCCCGGAUAGCCCCACAUCGAGUGGAAAUAGGUUCCCCUGUCCUGAGGCAAAAACCUCCGCCUCGAAGAGAUGCAACCCUGGGUUUUCAGCUGCCCUCCCCUCCAGAGCCCCCUGCAGUUGAAGCUGAGUAUUACACCAUUGCAGAUUUCCAGUCUUGCAUAUCCGAUGGCAUCAGUUUUAAUGGAGGACAGAAAGCCGAGGUGAUUGAAAAGAAUUCUGGUGGAUGGUGGUAUGUCCAAAUUGGUGAGAAGGAGGGUUGGGCUCCAUGUUCCUACAUUGACAAACGUAAAAAGCCCAACUUGAAUCGGAGAACAAGCACUCUGUGCCGCCCAAAAGUACCACCUCCUGCCCCGCCUGUCAAAAAACAGGAUUCAGUGGAGACAGCACCUCCUAGCAGUCCUGGAUCAGAUGCCCCGGAGUCUCCUGUAUCUCCUAGUGGGCCAGUUUAUGAAGAGCCAGAAUACGAUGUACCUGCCAUUGGAGAUCUGGAUCUGGAAUCUGAGUUUGAGUUUCUGAGAGGGGAAAGUUCUCUGGUGGACUUUAAGAAUGAAGAAACGUCCUCUGAAAAAGGAUCUCAUUUGUCUUCCAAGCCAUCUCCUGCUUCAUCACUCCACAGCGCCUCCUUUAAAUUGGGUGAAUCAUUUGAGGAUGGUCAAGAAGCAGAAGGAGAAGCUGGGGGAGAGGAAGAAUGUAUCUAUGAGAAUGAUGGCUUCCUGCCCUUCAGGGAGACCCCAGAGAGACAGUGCAGCAGAGACUCAAACUUAUCCAAGACAAGUGUUUUGUCAGAAAAUGGCAAGACUGCAAACCAGGCAUCAGGUGGAUGGAGACCUGCUGGUAACAGACUCAAGAUUGACUUGAAUGGGACUCCACUUUCAGCCAGAUCUGAGCAAGCAUCCAGUCCCAAAUCUGCUUCGUCUGAGUCAACCCCAGAUCUCUCCAGACCAAAGAAAGACAAUGAAGAAAGCAAGAUGACCUCCUUCACCAAGUCUUCCUCUAAAUUGAGACCUGUAGUGAGACCUAAGCCACAGCUAGCCAAGGCAUCUAGCGCAGAGAAAAUGGACAUCAGCACCUUAAGAAGACAGCUGCGGCCAACAGGUCAGCUGAAGAAUGGCACCAAAAGUAAAGGUGAAGAUUCUGAGACAGCUUCAGUCAUUUCCUCAGAAGAUUCCUUUUCAUCUCAGAGUACGUCCGAUCUCUCAUCCAUCUACUCCAAAGGAAGCCGAGGUGAGUCUGACAUGGAUGGUUUCAACCUGUAUCGCACAACUGAUCCCUAUGAGAAAGUUCAAGACUCUGAGCUCAGCUUCCCUGCUGGGGUGGUAGUGGAGGUCCUUGAGAAGCAGGAAAGUGGCUGGUGGUAUAUCCGCUGGGGAGAUGCAGAAGGUUGGGCUCCUACAUACUUUUUGGAACCUGCCAGACAACAAGAUGACAUGGGAGAAUAUGAAUCCUAUGGUACACCAACCAAACCUGGAUGCCUCAGCAAGUCCAACAGUCUUGAAAAGAAUGAACAAAGGGUGCGGGUGUUGAACAACAUCAACCUGAAUUUAAAGAAGGUCAUGCCACCCAUUCCUUCCAAACCUCCAGGUGGUCUCUCCAAACCUGCAAGCUUGUUCAGCUCACUUAAGCAAAAUAGCACCAAACAACAGCAGGUUGUCAGACCUCAGUCUGUCUUCAUCUCAGCUCCAAUCCGAGACGGUGCCAGUCCUGCUGUGUCCCUCAGAAGAAAUGAAUCCCUCAACUCAACAGACAACCCCCGUGUCAGCCCCACAGUGCGACGCAAUGCUUCUUUUGGUGCUGUGCCUCGCAGUCUGCCAUCAAACAACAGGAACAGAUCUGGUACCGGCAGCUCGGAGUCUUUGGGCCUGAACUCUCCGAAGAAUGCUCUUCCAGUGUCCCCAGUCAAACCUAAGCCCCACAUCAUCCACAAUAACCUCAGGGAGGUAUAUGUCUCCAUUGCAGAUUACCAUGGCGAUGAGGAGACUAUGGGAUUUCCUGAGGGGACAAGUCUGGAGGUUCUUGAAAGAAACCCUAAUGGGUGGUGGUACUGCAAGAUUCUGGACAAUGGCAGGCCAAGGAAAGGAUGGGUUCCCUCUAAUUACCUUGAGAAGAAGCACUAGAUCUCUCUCUUGAGCUGACAGUGCCAUAGACAUACGUAUCCAGUCUUAUAAAUGCAUUGGUUUACUCUAAAAGGCUAAUCCGGUACCUGCAUUAAUACAAGCAGCAAAGUGAAAUAGUAACCAAGUCAAAACAGAUUACAACUGGUGAAAUGAGUCUACAUGUUAAGUACCUAAGACCUUGCACUAAAAGCUUGGGAUUUAGUGACAUAACCAAGUAGCAGCAAUAAUUACUGAAUGUUUGCCAGAAGUUUAAGCACAUUACAAAAAUAUUCACAACCCUUAACGACUUCACGUUACGUAAUUUUACGAUCACAAACUUCUGUGUAUUUUGUUAUUAGUUUUUGUCAUAGACCAACACAAAAUAGUGCAUAGGUUUAAAGAAAGUGAUUCAAUUUUCAGAAUUUUUUUUAACUCAGCCCCUUUAGCUCUAAUAUCCCUAAAUAAAUUUAAGUGCUAGUAGUGAGUUGUACAUAAAAUCUUAAUAAGAUACAGUGAAGUUUGUGAUUGUAAUAAGACAAACUAUGGAAACGUUCAAGUGUUAUGAAUACUUUUGCAUGGUGCUAUACAUUUAACUUGAAGACUAUCUUCAGUUUUCUAAUUCUUGAACCAUUUUCUGUAACUUUUAAAUGCAUAACUUAACACGUUUUAAGGAAUUAAAGCUUACUGCAUGUAUAAAAUGAUUCAUUAUAUCAACAACACCUUUCACUCAUUUUUUUUGUGCUAAAGAAAAGCUUUGUUGUCUAAGCUGCUUUGUGUUAGUCACAUCAUGGUGCUGCAUGUUAUAUACUGUACGUCUCCUUUAUGUAAAGCAUUUUAUCCAUUUUUUGUAGUAUUGUUCCAAAGAAACAAAUUGUGAGCAUCUCAGAUUUUCAGUAUUUUGAUUUGUUAGUCAUUUCUGAAUGAACUUGCAAUAUCUUUUUUAUCUAUCCUUUUUUUCUGCAAAAAUUAAAUCUUGCAUCAGUUAAAAAAAAUAAUUUAUUCAUUCCUUACACUUGUAUUAAAAAAGAUCACAGCUUUAAACAGACAGUAACAUUUGAAUUUCUGCUGGGCAGUAAAUUUGACAUAACUCUUUUUUUUGGGAUGCUUCUUUGUGUUUUAUGCCAAAUGUGUGACCAGUUACAAUAACUGAAGUGCCAAAAAUGACUCUAAUAAAUGCACUUUUUGACA